CCCGCGGAGGAGCGUGCUGAAGGGCUGGAGCCCCGAGUUUCUCCUCGCCGGCGCUGGCCUCCCGCUGUCACUCGCGCAGGCUGGCCGGGGGAAGGGACCCGCAGCCCGGCUUUGUUUUGGAAAUCCCGGUUACCUGGCUAAAAACCCACACCAUGGAUAACUUAUUGGACUUUGCCUGAAAGGAGUCAUUAGUGCCAUUGGAUACUUGACCAUCUUGGCCACAGGUUUUUUCAAAAUGAAUGGAAGGUCAUGCAGCAUGAAUCUCCACCGGAUAUCAGGAACCCCACAGGGGCCUGGGAUGGUCAGUGGCCAACACAUUCCUCCCAUCCGAGCCCACUUGGGGACUCCUGGCCCCUCGUCCUGUGGCAGCGCACCAAGCCCCGGCAUUGGAAGCCUUGCUAACAGUCUCCAUCUCAAGAUGCCCUUGGGAGGAGGGAUGGUUCCUCAGAACAACAUGGCUGAGAGCCCCAUCCAUCUGCCCGCCUUGAGCCCCAGGAGACAAGUGCUCACCAAUGGGAAGUCACGAUUCCAGGUCACCCAGGCCGGAGGCAUGUCAGGGCCACACACUUUAAUGCCAAAGCAGAAGGAGUUUGGAAGUCCUUUUCCUCCAAAUCCUGGGAAAGGGGCUCUUGGCUUUGGGCCUCAGUGCAAGUCCAUUGGAAAAGGCAGCUGCAACAAUCUAGUGGUCACCAGCAGCUCCAUGAUGGUUCAGCGACUGGGACCCAUUUCACCUCCAGCAAGCCAGGUCUCUACAGCAUGCAACCAGAUCAGUCCUAGCUUACAGAGGGCAAUGAAUGCAGCCAACCUGAAUAUACCUCCUUCAGAUACCAGGUCCCUUAUUUCACGUGAGUCUUUGGCGUCCACGACUUUGAGUCUGACGGAAAGCCAGUCGGCGUUGAGCGUGAAACAAGAGUGGACUCAAGGCUACAGGGCUCUCCCUUCACUCUCCGCCAACCACAGCUCCCAGAAUGGCACCGACCUAGGGGACCUCUUUAGCCUUCCUCCGGGGACAGCCAUGUCCAGCAACAGUGUCUCUAACUCUCUGCCGUCCUAUCUUUUUGGCAUGGAAAACAGCCACUCUCCUUACUCCAGCCCCCGCCACUCCUCAGCCAGGUCCCACUCGGCCCGCUCCAAGAAGAGAGCCCUGUCCCUGUCCCCGCUGUCCGACGGCAUCGGCAUCGACUUCAACACCAUCAUCCGCACCUCUCCCACGUCCCUGGUGGCCUACAUCAACGGGUCCAGGGCUUCCCCGGCCAACAUGUCCCCGCAGCCUGAGGUCUACGGACAUUUCCUGGGGGUGCGCGGGAGCUGCAUCCCCCAGCCGUGCGCAGUGCCCAGCAGCCAGAAGGGCGUGCGGGUGGCCGGCGGCGGCCUGGUGCUCCCGGCUUAUGGGGAGGACUGCGCUCUGGAAUACGAGCGCAUGCAGCAGCUGGAGCACGCAGGCCUCCAGCCCCUGGUCAACAACAUGGUGGUGCAGCACGGCCUGCCUGGGCCCGAGGGCCAGCCGGCCGGCCUGCUGAAGACGGAGCGCCUGGACGACUUCCCGGGAGGGGCUCUCGACCUGCCCUCCGCGUCUCCUCUGCCUCCUCUGCCACUCCAGCCCCAAGGCCCCCCUCCCCCCUACCAUGCCCACCCGCACCUGCACCACCAGGAGCUGGUGUCCCACGCCCCGGCUCUGGCCCUGGAGGAGGACGGGGACAUGGACGACGUGGGGGGCAAGCACUGCUGUCGCUGGAUCGACUGCAGCGCCUUGUACGACCAGCAGGAGGAGCUGGUGCGGCACAUCGAGAAGGUGCACAUAGACCAGCGCAAAGGGGAAGACUUCACCUGCUUCUGGGCAGGGUGUCCUCGGAGGUACAAGCCGUUCAACGCCCGCUACAAGCUGCUGAUCCACAUGAGAGUCCACUCCGGAGAGAAGCCCAACAAGUGCACGUUUGAAGGUUGCAAGAAGGCCUUUUCAAGGCUCGAAAAUCUCAAGAUUCACUUGCGGAGUCACACAGGCGAGAAGCCUUACUUGUGCCAGCAUCCGGGCUGUCAGAAGGCCUUCAGUAACUCCAGCGACCGCGCCAAGCACCAGAGGACGCAUCUGGACACUAAACCAUAUGCUUGUCAGAUUCCAGGAUGCACCAAACGCUACACAGACCCAAGUUCCCUAAGAAAGCACGUGAAGGCUCAUUCUUCCAAAGAACAACAAGCGAGGAAAAAGCUGCGGUCCAGUGCAGAGCUCCAUCCUGACUUGCUCACGGAUUGCCUCACCGUGCAACCCCUGCAGCCGGCCACGUCCCCACAGGAUGCUGCCACAGAUGGGCCAGUGGGAUGCUCCCCGGGGCCUGGGCCUGAUCUCUAUCCAGCUUCCAUUUUCUCCAGCAAUCAUUCAAGCCGAAGCGGAACAGCUGCUGGGGCUGUGCCACCUCCACAUCCUGUCAGUCACCCUUCUCCAGGACAUAAUGUACAGGGGAGCCCCCACAACCCCUCCUCCCAGUUACCUCCACUCACAGCUGUGGACGCGGGAGCUGAGAGGUUCGCACCUUCUGCUCCAUCUCCUCACCACAUCAGUCCCCGGCGAGUCCCAGCUCCCUCCUCCAUAAUGCAGAGGACACAGCCUCCCCAUGCCCAGCAGGCCUCAGCACCGCACCUGAAGUCCUACCAGCCAGAAACAAACUCUUCUUUUCAACCAAAUGGAAUCCACGUCCAUGGAUUUUACGGGCAGCUGCAGACAUUCUGCCCCCCACACUACCCUGACUCCCAGAGGACCAUGCCACCCAGCAGCUCCUGCAGUGUGGUGCCUUCCUUUGAGGACUACUUGGUCCCCACGUCCAUGGGCCAGGCUGGUUUUGAUGUUUUCCACAGAGCCUUCUCAACUCACUCGGGCAUUACAGUGUACGAUUUGCCUUCCGGUUCCUCAAGCCUCUUCGGAGAGUCUCUUCGCAGUGGGCCUGAAGACACCACGUUUUUGCAGAUCAGCGCUGUGGACCGCUGUCCUAGCCAGCUUUCCUCUGUCUACACUGAAGGAUAACAGUUCCGCCGGCCUCCACUACCACUGGCAUCCAGAACCUUUUGUUGCUUGCCGCCUGUUGUGUUCAGAACCUCACAGACUGCCUGAAGAGGGUGGCGACUGAGUCAGUGGUGUCUGUGAAGUCACAGAUGUGUCCUGGAAGGCAGGGCUGAUGGUCAGAGCUGGGCUUUGUGGGAAUGUUUUCGUUUGUUCCUUGUUCUCUCUGAGUUUGCUGGUGACCAGCAGGACUGUCAUUUCAAAGGGAAUUUAGACUCUCUCUCUCCCAGAUACCUGUUUCUUCCUGGCUGUCAACACUCAGAGGACACGGAUGAAGUGAUGUGCAUGUGAAAAUGUAGUGUGGGGACUACCCUCUCUGAAAACCCUAAAUAGAGAAGUUCAAUGCAAAUUGCCAGAGACACAGUGUGCUCCUCCUCACUGCUGGCCAAUGCCCAGCCAGGCAUCCAGGAACCCCGAUCUUCAGCAUAGGGUUCAGCAUCAGCCGGCAUUCCAGUGAGCUGGCUGCCUCUCUUUCUCUCUUCUAUAUUCCCAUGCUAACCAGUCGCUUUUCAGUGUUUCUCCAAAAGCAAAGUGAGGAAGUUCUGUUAAGUACAGGCCCUUGAAAGGCACUACAACUUGUUUUAUAUUCCCAAAACCUGUCUUAGUUCCUUCAUUUUAAAGACUUGUAAUCUACUUCUACUUUAAUGGAAAAAAAAUAUUUAGAAGUCUAUUCUUUGGAUGCAAACUAUUUUAAUCACCCCAGCUACAUACAUUUUGCCACAGCCUUGUGGUUCUGCCUGGCCACACCUCGCAGCACCUGUGAGCACUCCUGGAAUGCUAGUGUUGUACAUAGCAAAGGCUACCUGAGGGAAACGGGGUGAGCACACCCUCUUCCCAGUGCUGUAGCAGGAACCCUAGCAGGUUAGCUGUUCAGCAACUCCACCUCAAAGACCUUGUUCAAAAUAAAAGGUCACACGACUGGUUCACCCAUUGUCAUCCAUUGCUUCUGCUCUGGUGCUCUGCCCAGGGACGUGCUAGAUGUGAGCACAGGGACUCACUGAGUUAUGUUCCUAGGUUUUCUCAGAAAACCAAACUAGAGAUGCCCUCUGCCAUUAUUUUGCACAGCCUUUGCUCACCUCCCUCAGGAUAUCUUCCAUCUGUCUGUCUCUCCCCUGUGCUUAUCUCUCUCUAUUUGCAUUGUUCUCUCCCUCUCCGUGAAUGUGGUUCACCUAUCACCAUCAUUAUCUGACCAUCAGCUGUUAGCAAGGUCCCGUCCCAGGAGGGUAGAGGAGACAGUUCUGGAAAGGUGGGCAGAAGAAGGCAACCUUUUUUUCUGAAAUUCUGCUUUGAGGGCACUGGGCCAUUUGAUGUCAAGCCUGAAGAGGAAGCCAUUUCCCGUGGCACCUUUACAAAGCUUUGCAAAGAUCCUGAGUCUCAUGGCCCGGGCUAUAAUAAUGAGCCCAACCCCAGACACCCAGUAACUUUGGACAUUCCAGUACUGCCACAUUUCAUGCUUUUUUUCUCUUUUUAAAAAUGUUUUCGGAACAACAAAGAAACAAUGCUGUUUGUCAAACAGAAAUAAUUACAAUCUCCAGUGAGAUAAGUACACAGUGUGGUGUCAGACUUGGGACCCGGGGACAGGUGUAUCCUGACAGGUGGGUCCUCCCAGUCCAGCUGAGCAGUCAAAUAUAUAGUAUUCGGCCUGCUGUAGGAUUUCAUUCAAACAUGUGGUAGGAUGAGGUGAAUAAAGCACCACGCAUGAGUCUGUUUUCACAGAGCACCUGGUCAGGCUAGUUCUCUGACCAAUGAGCUCUGAUCUGGGAAAAGCCAUCGUGCAGACGCCCAAGUCUGCAAACGGGUUAUUCGCUUGACAAACACCUGCUCUACUUUAUGAGAGGAUGCCUGCCUGCCGGGCUCCUUUUCCAGAUGAGCCCUCAGACUGCAGGGAAAGUGUUCUCCUCCUUGCAGAUGUGGUGGGGUGUGUCCCUUUGCCAAAGCAAGGACACACGCAUCCUAACACUGGCAUCCCUCCUGGUCCUUUGUCUCACUCUGGAAAGAAAGGAAAGCUUCUAAGAGAGACAGUCUAUUCAUUCUAAUUACUGAAGCCUUUAUGAGGAACUCAAAAUACAUGUUAUUUUUGUGAUGAGGAGGAAAAAAAUUGAAAGGCAAGGUGGUUAUUGCAGCUGAUGUUGUCACCCCUGCCUGUGGCUUUAUAUAAGUUAAAGGUGAAAGAGGGAAGGAGGACGAAGCCAGAAGCUGAGCCUCAGAAACCAUGGAUGCCAUGUCCUCUGGCUGGAGGGGAUGCUCCCGUGCCAGUCUGUCUUCCCCUGGCUUCAGGCUGGUCCUGCCCCUCUCACGCUCCACUGUGGCUGGAGGGAGCCAGGGCGAGCCAGGCCUCAGGAGCACCUGUAGGCCCUCCUUCCUCAGUAAAAAUUGGGCGGCCCCUUAGGAGGCAUUCCUGUUAGCAGAGGGCAUGCAGGAAGCAGGGCCCAGGGCUGCCUGCAAUGCUGAGAGCCCUUCCCGGACCCUCUGUGUUUCCUGAUGGUGCAGGUCUGAGCUUAUGGCCUCAGGACAGGACACUCAGGUUCUGGCUAGACUCUGCAUUCUGUCCUUAGGUCCCAGAAUCAUGCCUGACCUUACAAUGUGUUUCUUGCUUGCUUUCACAUUGCACAGGAUUUACAUAUGUUUUCAUUAUAAUGUUCGUAGCAGUGAAAAUGGAAUGUUCAAAAAUUUAUUACCUUCCACUUUUUGGCCUUUUAGUCUUGACAUGUAACCAUUUUCAUUAACAUCCAAACAGAGAUUGUCAUUACUCUUUUUUUUUUUUUUAAGUAAAAACCAGUGCCUAGGAAAAUACACGCAGCCCAAAGCUAAUUACCCUAUUACAUAAAAGGAAGAAAUCAGUAUGCCUAGAGACAUUUCAUUUGCUGCAUUGUCUUCAUUCCCUAAAGGGACUGCAUCAAAGUGUCAGUUGUAAUUCAGCCUGGGAUCAGCUGUUAAGUAUUAUUUAAAUAUUUACUAUCUGUCCUUUUCCCAUGUUUCCCCCAAAUUACAUAGGCUAUUUUAAAAUAGACGGUAGGUCUUCAGUGGCUCACAGCAGCGUCCACUGGUGAAACUGAGUGUUGGUUUGUUCUUGAGUUUUUACAUUUCCAGAUAUUAAGCACAUUCACGCACCAGAAUGGAGGUAAAUGUUCAUUGCCCCACCCAGGAACCUCGACUGUUCAGUUGCCUUGAAGUAUUGGGAAUAGUGUUUGUAAACGAUUUAAUUAUUUGGUAUUUUAUUGGACUGUUUGACUAUGUCAUUUUAUAGCAGCAUUUUUUUUUUUUUAAUGGCACUUUUUGUUGGUGGUGUGGAAUUUCUGCGGUUCCUUUUUUUUUUUUUUUUUUUUUUGCAACGGAUAAAGCAAAAGAGUCACACCACUCAUUGGAGAAAUAGUGAGUGUAAAAAAGAAGAGAUUUAUUUUGUACAGACAGCAGAGCAUCCUGUGUAAUGUUGCUGACAUACAGCACUUUGGGGGGGAAAAGUAGAAAUCUGUUUUCCAUAAAUCACACAGACUCUUGUAUAUAGUUAUAUACACUCACAUAGAGAAAUGAACUGCAUAUAUCAUACUGGAUAUGGGGCCGAUCUUACUCUAAGGGCACAUCUGGUGCUUAUUGUCAUAAAUCUUUUAAAGAAUUAGGUACACUUUUUUUUUUCUAUUAAUAUGUAUAGUUUUGUGAUUUGUCACAGUUAUGUUUCAUAUAAUCAUAAGUUAUUUUGUCUUGUUUCAUGAAGUCCUUUUUUAUGUCAAAAGUAAAAUGAAGAUUUUGUGCACUUAGUACCGAGUAAAACUGGAAAUGGAGGCUAUGCCCACGGCUUGAACCCCUCCCUCAGCAUGUCAUUCCAAAACACAAUGGUAACAACUGCUUUUUGUUUGUUUGUUUGAUUAUUUUGUUUUGUUUUACCAUCAGCCUCCUUUAUAUUGAGAUGGUAAUUAUAAUUAAAAGCAGCUGGUGGGAGAGGGCGUGUCCAAGGCCAGCUUUAAAAUGCUGCAUUGCUCUGGGCCAGAGCUGCAGCCUGGAUUUAAUUAUAGAUAUGAGGAUGGAAUGGCAGUAAAAAUGAAUGUGUCCCUGAAUCCUUUACAUGUUGGGAGUGUCCAUAAAUAAAACAUGAAGUUUUAUUUCAUCAGAUUUAAUUAAAGCUUUUAUACAUGUU